AGUUCAGCCAUGCAUGUUCAGGAAUUGAUAUUGAUUGUUGCGGUAUUGUUGCCAUCGUGCUUGAAGGCAUUGCGCUAUAGCCAGGGCACCGGCGAUGAGAACUGCGAGACAUUGAAAUCCGAAAUCCAUUUGAUCAAGGAGGAAUUCGAUGAGCUGGGACGGAUGCAAAGGACCUGCAACGCCGAUGUCAUAGUGAAUAAAUGCGAGGGCUUGUGCAAUAGUCAGGUGCAGCCAUCGGUAAUAACGCCAACGGGGUUUCUGAAAGAGUGUUAUUGUUGUCGCGAAAGUUUUCUCAAAGAGAAGGUUAUCACUCUCACCCAUUGCUAUGAUCCAGAUGGCACUCGUCUAAGCUCACCCGAAAUGGCCACCAUGGAUAUACGCCUAAGGGAGCCCACCGAAUGCAAAUGUUUCAAAUGCGGCGACUUUACGCGCUAA